GCUGUGAAUACGCGGCAAGCGCGAGCUUUCACAACAUGAUGGUGGCAUAAUGGCGCUAAUGUACUAUUUCACUGUAUCUCAAUGUCCAAAUUUCACAGUCGGAGGCAUUAAUUGCAAGCGUUUUUUGUAACAUUUUUCGUUUUUGUAGUUUUAAGGUUCACACGAUUGCAGAAAGAGAGCAAAACUUUGUAAAGUGAGUGUUUGUGCUAAAAACAACUCGGCAGACAUUUGUUGUGGGAUGUUCACUAAUAAUAGUCAUUCUAAAUGUUUAUGUCUGCUUAUAUUUAAGUAUUAGUAUUUGUUUGUGAGGUUAAUUAAAUGCUGUAUGCAUGAAUUGUUGAGAGUUUAUAUUUGAUAUAAAUGUACACACUAUGUCGAGUCUACCUCAAAACAACCUGAAGGAGCAACUGGAACGACACAGUUGUGCUGCACAGAACAAGUUGUCACUGCUCAAACCAAAGCCUGGGGGGUUUUGCUUCAAAAAGAAGUCUCCGUCAGGCAUCACUAAAGUGGAAGUUCCUCAAAAGGUAACUGGUGCAAAUGUCUUAGCAAACAGGAGUGUCAAUGUUCCACACAGCUGUGAAGUAACCAAAACUCCUGUGACGUUCCUAAAAAAGCCUGAAAAAACAGCGCCAAAAGUCAACUUCUUCACGGCUCCUAACAGACCGAAGACAAGCACUGUUAACCCAUUAGCCAAUCCUUUUGCUGUGAGCAAAACAGCUCUUUUCCAGUCUACGAUUACGACUUUCCCAAAAUCCACUGUCCGGCUUGUGGAUUCCACUCAUGACCAAACUGUGGGUGAGCUCAAGAAUGACAGCUGUCUUUCCACUACCAUCAAUGAAUGGGAUGAUGACUUUGAUGAUUUUGAAACCCCAAUCAAGGGAAGAGUAGCAUCUCCAGGUGCAUGGACAUCUUCGAAAAAGCUAAGUGGACCAGACCAGAACACGUCCCCAAAUUCCUCUUCUACUAAGAGUGAUGAGACUACAUUAAAUGGCACUUCACAUGCUACAGAUAUCAAAACUGCCCCAAAGGACAUCCUAUCAGUUGCUAAUGGACUCAGCACAGAGCCUACUGAGAGAGAGCCAGAAGACUCGCCUAUUAGAAGGACCAAAAAACAUAAGAUAUCAAUCGAGCAAAAGUCAUUACUGAGUGACUCAGAAGAUGAGGAAAUUAUCGACUGUACUCUACCAGAUAAAAAGGAGAAUUUCAAGUGUACAUCAAAUGAGAAGGAACUUGCUAAAGAAAGUAAAAGGGCUGAUACAGACAUCAUAGACAUUGAUGACAGUCAGAAGGAUAACUUCUAUGAUGAUUUUGAGGAUUUCAUCCCCCCAUCCCCUAUGCCAGAGGAUAUGAGCCCUUCUGUCUCUGAUAAGGAGAAAAGCACAUCUGACCCUGUUUCCCGUUCUGACAAAAAUGGAUCACCUCUGGGAUCUUGUUUGAGCUUGUCAGGACCCUUCAAUGGACCUGUCAAAGAAUCAAAAGGAUUUGAUAACACUCUCUUUAGUGUUAUGGAAUCAAUUUGUUGUCUAGUGGAUACUAUUCCAGAACAUGAACUUAUAGCACUGACCUGCGGUACAGAGCUACUACUGCAGAGAGCCCACAGGAAAAGGAUUCUUGCUAAUGGUGCACCUUCUAGAACAUCUCAGUCAGACAGAGUAGUAACUCCGUAUUCCAGUCUGCUAAACAGUCAAAGUUUUGGAGUCACAUCUUCUAGUCUAACAGCAUCAAUGACGCAGCUGACAUCAGAAAAAGGAGAAAAUGUUAGUAAAGGCUUUCAGUUCCAUAAAUCCAUAGCUUCUGUCAUGUCCCUGGGUAAUAACAGUGUAUUUGAAGACUCUGACUGCAUCAUUAAUGGGGUUGAAACCCCUGGUGGUUCCUGGAAUCCAAACAGCUCCUCAAAUACAGUAACUAAUGGAGAUGUCAUACAUUUAGACUUGACUUUAAGCAAAUCUGAUUCCAAGUGUGAUAAAUCCUACUCAAAGUUGUCGUUCAAGGAGCCAAACAAUCAGACUGUGGAUUCAGAGCAGAUGGACAUCAUCAUCUCCCCCAAGAUACCAAUGGAUUCUGGUAGGAAGAUUGCUGACAGCAAUGCUAAAACGAACACAACAGUAGCUAACUGCACUCGUGGAGACACUGAGCCAGAUGAUGACUUCCUAAUUGAUGACUUUGAUAUAGAUGAUUUUGAUGAAACUGACAUCCCAGAUUAUUAUGAGGCGCCUCAAAAUGUCUUUACAUCAAAAGGCAGCUCUGCUGCUAUAACACCAUCAGUGCGGGAGGGAGGCACUUCAAAAAGUUUUGAGAAAAAGACAGUCUCUACACCAGCACCAAAACCUGCCCAAAAAAACGUCCCUGAGCCCACAUAUAGAAACCCAGCUCAUGAUCGCUUUAGAGGCUUCAACUUCCCUCACAGCCCAGAGAUGAUGAAGAUCUUCCACAAGAAGUUUGGGCUUCAUCAGUUCCGCUUCAAUCAGCUGGAGGCUAUUAAUGCCACUCUGUUAGGCGAGGACACAUUUGUACUGAUGCCUACAGGUGGUGGUAAAAGCCUCUGCUAUCAGCUUCCAGCUUGUGUGUCGGCUGGGGUGACUGUAGUCAUAUCUCCUCUACGGUCUCUCAUAGUUGACCAGGUCCAAAAACUCACCACAUUAGAUAUCUGUGCAAUAAGUUUAUCAGGGGACAAAAGCGAUAGUGAGGCUGGCCGGAUCUAUAUGCAGCUGUCUAGGAAGGAUCCCACUAUCAAACUAAUUUAUGCCACUCCGGAGAAAAUUUCUUCAAGUGGAAGGAUGAUCAGUGCCCUUCAUAAUCUGUAUGAAAGAGGUCUGCUGGCUCGCUUUGUCAUUGAUGAGGCACAUUGUGUCAGUCAGUGGGGUCAUGAUUUCAGGCCAGACUACAAGCGCUUACAUGAGCUCAGACGGAUGUUUCCCAAUGUUCCUAUAAUGGCAUUGACAGCCACUGCCACUCCUAGAGUUCAAAAGGACAUUCUUAACCAGCUGGUAAUGACCCGUCCUCAGCUAUUCACUAUGAGCUUUAACAGGCACAAUCUUAAGUAUUCUGUUAUGCCAAAAAAGCCCAAGAAGGUUGACGAAGACUGCAUUCAGUGGAUUAAGAAACACUAUCCUCGUGACUCUGGUAUUGUGUACUGCUUGUCUCGGAAUGAUUGCGACAAUUUGGCUGACAGUCUUCAGAGGGCUGGGAUUGCAGCUCUGGCCUAUCAUGCUGGGCUGAGAGACAGUGACCGGGAAUAUGUCCAGAACAAAUGGAUCAACCAGGAUGGAUGCCAGGUUAUUUGCGCCACCAUUGCGUUUGGUAUGGGUAUCGACAAGCCUGAUGUACGUUAUGUGAUACAUGCCAGCCUGCCCAAGUCAGUGGAGGGUUACUACCAGGAAUCAGGCAGAGCUGGGAGAGAUGGAGAGAUGUCUCACUGCGUGCUCUUCUACUCCUAUACUGAUGUUAUUCGCAUCAAGAGACUAAUUGCUAUGGAUAAAGAUGGCAACCAGCAGUCCAAAGCCACCCACAUCAACAAUCUGCACAGCAUGGUGCAUUUCUGUGAGAAUGUGGCUGAGUGCAGGAGGAUCCAGUUGCUGGCUUACUUUGGCGAGCACACGUUUAAUACAAGCUUCUGUAAAGAGCACCCUGAAGUCAUCUGUGACAAUUGUGCCAGACCAGAUAAAUACAAAUCAAGAAACGUUACGGACGACGUGAAGAAGAUUGUGAGGUUUGUGCAGGAGAACUGCGAGAAGGUUGGAAACAGAUACGGUAAAACCGCUCAGCAAAACCGGCUCACCCUCAACAUGCUGGUCGACAUAUUUCUGGGCUCUAAAAGUGCUCGAAUCCAGACUGGAAUGUUUGGGAUAGGAACAGCUUAUUCCAAACACAACGCUGAGAGACUCUUUAAGAAACUGGUUCUGGAUAGUGUUCUGAUGGAGGACCUGUACAUCACUAACAAUGGGCAAGCAGUGGCCUAUAUCUCAGCAGGGCCCAAAGCCAUGAGCAUACUGAGUGGCAGCAUGCAGGUUGAAUUCAUUGAGACAGAGAGUGCGUCCAGCAUCAGAAAACACAGAGCUUCUGUCACGCAGAGUGUCUCUAAGAGAGAGGAAAUGGUUAAGAAGUGUCUAGAUGAACUCAAAGAACUGUGCAAGAAGUUGGGCAAAGUUUUCGGCAUUCAUUACUACAACAUUUUCUCCACAGCCGCACUCAAAAAGAUUGCAGAGACCCUAUCAGCUGAUCCAGAUGUUCUGCUACAGAUUGAUGGUGUUACUGAAGAUAAACUGGAGAAAUAUGGAGCUGAGGUUAUCGAACUGCUGCAGAAGUACUCCGAGUGGCAGCUUCCUGCUGAGGGGCAGUCUGAGAGUUCAGGAUGGAUUGACACAACACGAGGCCAUCAGAAUGAUGAGGAUUAUGAUGAUGAUGAUGAUGAUAAUGACGGAAGCAGCACAUCAACUUAUUUCAGAAACUCCUCUGGACGGGGGGCGAAGAGAAAGAAAACAGCUGUCUCCAGAAAACCUAAAAGGAAGAAGGGUUCGAGCAGCCAGAAUUCCUACUCUAGAGGCGGAUACAGCAAUAACUGGUCUUCAUCAGGAGGAGGAUACAGGGGUGGGAGUCGGAGUGCAGGCAGAGGUUCCAGGCCAGCUCCAUCAGCUCCUGCAGGGAAGAAGCCCGGCUUCAUGGCUUUGCCCACCCCACAGAGUGCUGCUCGUCCAUUCCUGAAACCAGCGUUCUCUCACCUCUAGCAAAAUGUUACCACUCAGAAUUUCACAAUUACUUUGACUUUGUAAAUAUUUUUGUCUUGUGUACUAUAUGUAUGUUUUAUACAUAAUUUUAUUAUUAUUCUUUUUUUUUAUUUUAUUUUUUUGAAUAAAUAUUUUUUGUGAAAAUCUGACAGCACUGGUAUCAUAAAUUGUGCUGCUUUACCUCAGAUUACGUUAAAAAGCGCAAUUUUCCCAGCUUAUAUAGCUAAUGCACAUGUGUUUGCCCUAAAAGACGAUUUGCUCUUUAACCUGUAAGACAGGACUUCCUUUUCUACAUCCAUUGACCGUUAGGCGUUCCAAUUUCUCCCAUUCAUUUUAAUAGAAGUGGCCUUUCUCUGGUUUAUUUUAACAUAUGUGCACCAUUGGCAGUUCAAAUUUGAAAACAUUAAGUAUUCCAAUAAGAGGAUUUCUUUUUAUCUUUGAUCCUUUUUGAGGGGUCCAAGCAACGAAGGUGCAGGAACCCUAUUGUAUUUGUUCCGAUUUUCGUAUUUUUCUAAUCUUAUUUUUUUUUCUGCCCUAAAAGUGUCUAGGCAUCAGAGACCGUAAGUCAUAGAGAUUCCAAACUUGGCAGGAUGGUUCCAAAUCCCCCCACAACUCAGGCGUACAGAGACACAUCCUUCAGACACUAGGUGGCGCUAUUUCGAACAAAACAAACAAAAAUCACAUUUUGGGACAUAAAUCUUGAACUGUACGGGCUAGAAACAAAAUUAUUUUUUCCUCCGAUUCCUUGCAUCAUGCCGAAGAGUUUUACCCCCUAACAGAAUUUUGCUCCGGCCCUUCAUUUUCCCGCUAUUUUGGAUUGUUUGAAAAAGAAAAAAAUCAAAACUAACUCUUCCUAGGCCAUUUGCCCGAUCAGAACCAAACCAGUGCAGAAUGAUUCCGCAGAGUCCCAAUAUGAAAAGUUAUCAAAGGAAUUUUUAAAUUCUGAUUUAUCGUCAAACAGUACGCCAAAACGUUCGUAGUGGGCGUGUCCAUUUUACUAAAAGGGUUAGAACUUUUAAAUGGAUUGAGAUAUUAUCACCAAAUUUGGUAAACCUAUGUAUGGGCUCAUGCUGAGGUCACAAAAAAUAUUGCACACCUUUGCCUCUUGGUGGCGUUAUAAUAAUUAAAAAACGAAAAAUGGCUCUAGCUAUGGAACCAUUGGUCCGAUUGACUUGAAAUUUUGCAUGCACUGUCUUUGUCCAAGAGUUUAUGAGCACAGUCGCAUAUCUUUAUAAACAUGGCCGCCAUCUAUCAAUCAGCUUUCAGCAGCUUUUAUAUAGGGUUAAAUAAGGCCGAUCAGAACUAAACUUGGUAUGCCUAUUUGUCUCUUGGCCCAAGAGGUCUAUGCAAAAAUUGGCCACCUGGAGGCGCUAUUGCAUUUUACAUGCAUGUAAAUUGUAUAUGCUGCUGUUUUUCUUCAAACCAUGCUGUAAACAACUUGCCUUAAGCACCAU